AUGUUUGUUUUGACAGUCUUUAGCAAUUAUUUAAACCUUAGAGAUGCUAGAGGUUGUGGCCAUGUGGAAGAAGGCUAUGUUACUAGUUAUUUAGUUAACAAAAGAGUAAUGAAUGACUUCAUCAGUAAAAAGACAAGGCUUUGGUUCAAAAAAGUGGAACUUAAUUUACACAAACAACACAAUUUAAAUCAAGAAAUCGAGAGAACUAAAAGAAAAAUUUCAACCAAUAAGCCUUUACUCAAGGAAGAAAAUAAAUUAAAGCAAAUCCCUGAAGAAUUAGAAGAAGGUCGUGAUGGCCUUACAGUUAUAACACCUAAAAGGUUGAAGCGGAUCACUGAGUUUAUGGAAGAUAGCAAGAUUACCCUUUUGCGCAGUCCUCCAUCAUCAGGAAAAAGUACUCUCGAAAGUUUUGAUCUGCAUUAG